UCGCGACAAGCGGCCGCCCAUGCGGACAGGACGACAUUGUUGCUCCCCACCCGACCCGCCUCGUCCCUCUCUUCUCUCUCUCGCCUCGCCUCCAGAGAAUUCCUCCAUCCCCCCCCCCCUCCCUCCCCCGAGCAAUCCAUCCCCAAACCCUAACCCUAGCCCCCAUCCGCCAUGUCCGCCCACAUCGACCUCAACAACGCCGCCGCCGACCACCCCCAAACCCUAGUUCCGCCCAAGCGCGGUCGCGGACGCCCCCGCAAGAACCCCCCGCCCCCCGCUCACCCGGAUCCCGCAAACGCCAACUCUGGGGUCGCCGGCUUCACCCCCGGCGACAUGGUCUGGGGCAAGAAGCUCAACCACGCCGCCUGGCCGGGCCUCGUCUACUCCGCCGGCGACAGCGGCACCGGCCACGAGGGCCAGCUCCUCGUCUCCUACUUCGGCGACAAGGCCUUCGCCUGGUGCGACGCCGCCGAGCUCAGAUCCUACGAGCCCUACUUCCCCGUCGCCGAGCUCUACGAUGAAGGAGGAGAAGACUUCGACGCCGCCAUCGAAGCCUCCCUCGACGAGUUCUCCCGCCGCGUCGAGGCCGCCCUCACCGCCGGCAGCCGGCCCUUUGUUCCCGACGAUUUCGUCGCAUUGCUUCACGAUUUCGCCGCCGAUCGCAUGGGCUUCACCAACAGGGUCCAAGCUGCCGUUGCAAAGGCGCAUCUCAGAGCCUUCGACAACUUCAGGGGUCUGCCGGAUCCCCCUCACUUCACCUUGGAGCACGGUUUGCUCCCAGACAUCGUCGUGCCUGAUCCUAGAGCCACGAGGGAGCCGCUCUUCAACCGCAACUCGGGUUCCACCCCAUCCAGGAGGGGCAGGAAGAGGAAGGAGGAAGUCACGGAGGUGGACUCCGAUGAGGACUGGGACCCCAGGAAGAAGGGGGCCACUGAUUCCGACUCGGAUCUAGAUUUUGACCGGAAGAGGGACUUCAGGGGCAGGGGCACACCGCGCCGGAGGCCUCGCGGGAGGCCCAGGAAAACUGAUGCCAGGGGCGAUACGCAGGUCAAGGACGAGGAGAUGGAAGAUAAAUUGGAGUAUCCAUCGGCUGCUGAGAUGUUGCUGCAGCUUUUGUCCGUUGCUGCUGAUCCUGUAAAUGGUAAUUAUGACUCUGUUCCUGUGAUUGUUAGCUUCUUCUCAAAGUACAAGGACUCGGAAGCGCCUAGCGUAUACGACGAUAAAGAGCUUCUGGAGACUUUUGGUAGCAAGAAGGGCAGGAAAAAGUCGGUUGGAAGCUUGUGCCCAGCUACCAAGGCAGAAGCUGACAACAAUAAUGAACAAUUGGAGACUGUGGAUGGUCAGAGGGGCCGGAGGAGGUCCGCGGGGAGCUUGUACUCAGCUAGAAAGGCGGAAGAUUCAUAUUGGUGCGAUAUCAUCAUCAGCGAUUUUGAUGAUGGAGACAGUGAUUAUGAAGGCCGCAAAAGGAAGCGGCCGUCUCAGAACAGGAGUGGCAAUAAGAAGAUGAAGCAGGAAGAGCCGCCCAAAGGCGGGGCUUCUGCUGAUCCUCCUUCAGAUGCAAAACUGGCAGAUGGUCCAGCAGCUUUGAUUUUACAUUUUAGUAGUCCAGAAGCUAUUCCUUCUGUGGAUGACAUCAAUAGCAUAUUCCGCAUACAUGGACCUAUCGUGGAGCGUGAGACCGAGAUCACUAAGAAGUCAAGGAUUGCAAAAGUAGUUUUUUCUAAUCAUGCUGAUGCAGAGCGAGCGUUUAGCAGUUCGGGAAAGUACAAUGCAUUUGGUCCAUCGCUUCUCACAUAUGAAAUUAAAUACUUGCCAUCGGCGCCGCAGGUUUCUUAAGUGCUGCAGUCUAAACUGGAUAUGCUGCCAUUCAGAGGGGAAUGCACCAUGAAGACUGGAGCAUGGGAAUAUAAGUUUGUGUCACUGACUUAGAACUAGGACGGCUCACUGACCAGGUCACAUGAGUCAUUGAGUUGGGUGAGCACAUUUUAGGCUUCCUCUGGUUACAUUCGUCUAGAUGACUGGUUGUGUACUUGGUACCAGAGCUAGUUUAUUUGAGUUAUUAGAUGGUAGGUUAGAUUAUGUUAGUAACUUAUCUUUUAUGUUAGCAACUUGACUUUUUUGUGUCACCUAGUCAUUGCAGAGCUGUGGAUCUUUAUGGCAUAUUGUUUAGCUCGUGCUUCCUUUUUUUAGCUCACAAUUCACUAUAAUUUCCUCAUAGGAUGUCGUGCUUUCUGCGCUUUAGCAACAUUUAUUUCAAGAUAGUCGUGGAAUUUGUGAAUAACUUACAGUGCCAAAAUAAUAGUUUAAUUAGGUUGACCAUUUGUUUAAUUAUUUCAAGGCCUUCAUGGAAAUUCCAUGAUCAGCAAAGCUGAAGCCAUGCUGAUAAGGCAUGUCUUUUGGUGGCACACAAGGCAUGUCUGGUAUGCAACUGUGUGAUUGCUUAUGCUCAAUGGACAUGUGAGUGCAUGCACUUGUUUAUUGUGCA